UGCUUAAUUACAAGCCUUAAAAGAACGAUUACCGUCUAAUCCACUCAAAGUGGGGUGUUUAUAUUUUACGCUUUCACUUUAUGGCCUAUACACGAUAUAAUUGGUCUGUCACGAUUACAAUAGGCACAGGGUUGUUCAGUGUUUUUUUGCGGAGUUCAUUCACUUGACGAAUACGGAGUUCAAAAUAUGUAAUGCUGUAGAGUCCAAAGUUCACAACAUGUUAAAAAAUCAAGUGAUGUAAUGAUUUCGGAUUACUCAGGUUUAAGUUUUGUCAAAAAGUAACAUGUUUAUAUCUAUUUGCAAUUUUGAUUUUUAACGUUAUGAAGACACUCAAUGGUCGUAUGAGAUGAAUACGAGUAGGUUCUCAAUUUUCCGAAUUUCGGCGUUGUUGGCGUCGAUUUUUGUCGCAACAUCGAAAGCAGACGAUUUUGACCACAAUCGGAUGAACAAACUGAAUCGUCUGCUGGAACGUCAUCCACGUGACGUCGGCCGCGCGGAGUCGCCUUUUGGAAACGCCGUUCACUUCUCUGGAAAGGGGGAAUUCAUGAGACUUCGAGAUGCAGAUGACGACGAAGAUGACGAUGCCGGCUAUUCACUGCCAAAUAAAACGUUUUCGGUGCAGUUUUGGGUGAAGCCGGAAGGCGGUCAGUACCGGUUUACGCCAAUUCUAGCUGUAUUUGACGAAUGCAAGAAGUCCUCCGCCAUAGGCUGGACCGUAGGAAUCGGUCUCCCGAACCACAAACGAGAGAACGCGAGAUUCGUCUUCACCGUUUUCCAAGAUGGCGCCCACAAGGAGACGGAGCUUUUUGCCCACAGAGCAUACGACCACGAGCAGUGGACUAACGUCGCCGCUACGUUCGACGGAUACCACGUCAAGUUGUACGUCAACGGGGCCGAGAUUUCAUCGCGCGUGGAACGAGAGGGUGUCAUAUUUCGCGACGCGUUUAUCCAAUGUGUGGCGCUCUUCGUUGGUGGAUCUCCGGAUGAUGGCGUUUACUUUCGUGGAAAACUCGACGAGCUGACAGUCUGGAAAAGGGUCCUUCAACAUUCGGAAAUCGUGCGAAAUAUGAACGACCCAAAUUCUGUCUCUCAGAACGACAACGGCCUCGUAUUUAGCGAUUCGUUUAACGAUCUGAGCAGAUGGGAAGUUAUCUCCGACGAUCCACCGGAAAUGACGGCCGCAGACAUCUCACUCCCGUUACAUACAUUGCGACUGGAAGCGCCCCCUUGCGGGCGGACGGUUUGCGACGAUCCGGAAGUUGUUAUGAGUUACCUGAACCAUACGCGGCUGAUGGACAAAAAACGAGUCCGAUACCGCGUGGUAAACGUAAUGGACUCAAACGGCAAGAAACCUCUGGUAACCGACAAAGACCUUUUCGAUCAGCAUAAAGCACUUAACAAGGCGUUUGAGCCGUAUAACAUCAGGUUCGAUCUGGAGCAGUUUGGUGUCCGAAACUCCACACUGUCCGAAAAAGUGAUAAUGUUCGACUGCGAAACGUACAUGGUCGGAAAUGGCCGCUGCGACGAUGAGUGCGCGCACUCCACCACCGGAAAUGACGGAGGCGACUGCGAUCGCGUGAGGUCAGAGUGCAGAAAUGACUUGUUAGGCAACGGCGUCUGCAACCCCGAGUGUAACAAAGCUUAUCACGGCUAUGAUAAAGGCGAUUGUUGCUUAACGAGGGUUGCGGCAUCCAAUACCUGCAUUGAUCCUGCCAGCGAUUACCGUGGCUAUAUGCAUGUUGAUGAACUCAAGUCUGCCAUUGGCUUAAACGGAAGUGACGCAAUUAACGUCUACUUGGUUACUUCCGGGUGGAACCGUGAUCACUUCCGGGGCGUAGCUACGUAUCCCUGGGACAAAAACGUCUUCACCGUUAUGGGCGGUAUCGCGAUGCACGCGGCAACUAUCAGCGAACCACACACGCUCAAAACUCUCGUGCAUGAGAUGGGUCACGCUCUCGGCCUGUGGCACGUGCACCGUGGAGUGUCGGAGAUGUCAUGUGACCACCCAUGCAUAGAGACGCAUCCUUCCAUGGUGUUAGGUGAUCUGUGCUCGGAUACGCGACCCACAACUCGGAACAGCAGGUGCUCGGAUCCGUUGCCUAGCAGCACAGAGGCUACGUGCGGGGUAACUCGGUACACCGAUACGCCGUAUAACAACUACAUGGGCUAUGCAGACGACAGUUGCAUAGACCGGUUCACUCCCCAGCAGACUGCUCGGAUGCAUUGUUACCUGGAUCUGGUGUACCAGGCUGCGCGAGAAAUGAAACUUCCGGUUCCUGUACCAGUGGCUCCAAAGAUCAUCUUUGUCAACGACACGAGCGUCCACAUAGCGUGGUUGACUCCGCUAGGUUCGGAUCCCGGAUGUGACGGCAACGACGCGCUACACCAGUACGCUGCCAGCGCCAGAUCUUCCCAUCACGGCGUCCGGUGGUCGCCACACCAGGCUACAGGACUACCAGAUGCAGAGAAGUGCUCCAAUAGUUCAUAUUCCUGGCGACCUUUUAACUCCAACACACAACCCGCUUGUGACAUUGAUUCCUGCUGGAUAGAACUGACCUUUCAAUUACCCGUCAUACCAUCAAGAAUCAGCAUCUGGGUGGUGGACCUCCGCUCAGACGCUGAUCUGGUGGUAGAGAUUACGUCACCGGAAGGAGAGGUCGUUGCGCAGUUCGAGGUACCAACGUACUGCGACCUGGAGACAACUAUUCCAAUCAAUACAGAUAAACGCAUAAAUAAGGUGACCAUAUAUACCGAAGACAGUUAUUUGGCAAUCGACGCCGUGGAGGUCGUGUCUAUUCCGAAAAUGACGUCAUGUACGGACCGGAAACUGCCGAAGUACAUCCUAACCAGGAAUCCUCCAUUUGCGCACUCCUCGUUUGUAACGGCGAAUAACAAGUUCAUCGAUCGAUCUGUUGAAAAUGGGACCACAUACCGAUACACCGUGGAGGUCACGCACGAGUCGCGUACAAGCGUGACGUCACCGGAACUUGUGUACACGCAUGGGGGACCGUUCUGCGGAGACGGACGCACAGACAGCAUGGAGGAGUGCGACGAUCGGAAUGCAAUUGACGGCGACGGCUGCUCUAUGGAGUGCCGAUUAGAAGAGAACUUUCGGUGUCAAGGUUCGCCAAGUCUAUGCUCAGUUAUUACGAUCAAGGGCGACAACUGCGAACAUAACGGUAAAGUUGGUGACUGUGGAUUGUCUGCGCCUAAUGGUUUCAUCGAUCAAUGGGCGUACGCGGCGGUGGCAAACCCGGACCACCAGUCACCCGGCUGUCCGGCGUCUUUUGUUACGGGAAAACCGGACAGAUUGGAGAAGUGUGGCUCCUACCCGGCAGAUGGCUUCUGGCGUCCUUGCGGCGUAACAUAUGACGUCACCGGACUCUUCUGGCUAAAGGUGACCAUUUUCAAACCUGUAGUUGCAACAGCGGUGCUCGUGCACCUAGCGGCUGACGGACGAACUAUGUACAGUCAGGCAACCAAGCCGCUCUUUGUGGAACUCAUUACCGACGACGACGAGUUCGUUUCCGUCGGCGGCUUGGGUGGAAUGCCGGCGAGCUGCGAGAGCAACCCGCUACACGUGCCCGUGGUACAAGACUUGAGCAAACCAUUCUUCUUAACAAAAGGGGUUCGCAUUAGUUUUACGUUCUCCACCAUCAGCAUCCACGCGGUUCGCGUUCGAUCUUCACCCCACAUCAACCCCCUUGUAACAGCAUCUUGCUCACGUGACCAACUCUACAACACGCGCGUAGGCCAAUGUGUGAGCAACGCAUGCGCAAAAGCCGCAUGCGGCGAGUUUCCGGCGAAAUACGGAAAUGCUGUCUGUUCAGGAACGAACGACGGAGAUACCUGCAAGAUACAGUGUGAACCUGGAUAUCACUUGGACGGUCACGAUAACAAGGCCACGUGCGUGGAUGGUACGUGGUACACGAGUUCCCCUUUCUCGUGCAUGCCCGUGGAUUGCGGCCGACCGGAAGUACCAAGGGCUACCGUCGCAUGCCCGGAAGGAACUACUUUUGCGAAGCGCUGCGUAUUCAAGUGCGACAAACCAGCCUACCUCGUCGGAAUAAACGAUACCGAAAUAACGUGCCAGAAAUCCGGAAGCUGGUCGAAGCGCAAGUCCGAGUGCGCUGUUCUCUGCGACGCGCUUGGGGCGCAGCGCUACGUCAACGGCAAGUUGAAGACCUCUGAGUGCGGCAAGGGGCCACAGGAGGUGGGACAGAACUGCAAGAUCAAUUGCCAGGAUGGUUACCACGUUGAGGGCAAAGGGCCGAAAGCCCGCUAUUUCCGCAUAAUCUGUGAUGAGGAUGGUCGCUGGAUCGGGCCAACGUGCGAGCCGGUGCUCUGUCCGGAGCCGCCAACGACAUUCGCAGGUGCAUACACGUGCACGCGCGGUACAGUCGUUGGAAGCACGUGCAACAUGAAGUGUUCUGGAAGUGCGCAGAGUGCACAGAAGAUCACGUGUCAGUCGAACGGCAAAUGGGACAGAGAGUUCGAGCUGUGUUCCGGGUCAAGCCGUCUGACGUGUCCACUUCCGGUGUCGGCGCGUGGUCUGAAGUACGAUUGUUCUGGAAUGACACCGGGCAAGAAGUGUAAGAUCGGAUGUACAGAAAAACGCUACGUGCCCGUUGUGUCCGUAGAAGAUGACGAACCGAAAGGCAAAGCUACUCACAUCCGGUCCGGCGGGGAUCUGUUGACCCAUUGCACGGUCCAUGGGACCUGGGACCCGCCGACGGAAGUAUUUGAAUGCGUCCAGCAGUGCAAUAAGAUGUCUAUCGGCGACGGCUUCUGUGACGCCGAUAACAACCGUGCCGUGUGCAAAUGGGACGGGGGCGACUGCUGCGACUCAACGGUGUACGGUGGCAUUGUUCUUCCCAUCCCGGACGAUUGUUCCGACCGGUGCGAGUGUAAAGAUCCCACCGCCGUGGAAAACCGACGAAUAAUGCGACGUCAUAAACAUUUUCAAAGACGAUAAUUUUGAUGUGGGUCUCAUCGUUUAAGGGCUGGUCUGAUUUCAUUUUGUACGAAGAUAAUGCAAUUAUCGUCAUAUUUAUUUAUUGUGGCUUGAAAGUAGUAAUUCGAGGCGUCCUUUCCGCUCAAAUAGAGCAACAUAUCGAAGUAAAUACGUGUAUAAUGGAUUAUUGAUGAACAUCUGAACGUA